AUGGCCACCAUGAUCCCUGGGCCUCUGCAGCUCAGCUCCUCUAUUGAUGACAGAUCAGAGACAUCAGAGGAUGGAGACAACCUCACCAAUAACUUUGUUUACCUCACCUCCAACGACAACAACAGAGACAAUGGGGCCAUCAAGAAGAGGAUAGGGAGGUUGGCAGGGAAUAUUCAUUGCAACACUGUUACCCAUAUUUUUCGGAGCCAGUUCUGCAACAGACUGCACGGUAAGUCAGCUCCGGGUCUACUCAGGCUCGAGCAGCCCUCCCUUAACACAGAGUCAGGGCUUUUCCACCACGCCACCGGCCUGCCUCCACUACUCUCGUCUCCCCUCCUACCUCCGGGCGUACGAGCACGACUUCCCGGACUUGGAUACUCCUCUUCCACACACAACACCGCGACUGAGGCGCUGGCAAACUGUGAAUUAGGGUCUAUAAAUGCGCACAUUCAAAUCUACACUCAUGAUGGGCCUAAGAUUCACUUUGCUGUUGUGGACAGUGUCUCUCACUCGGACCCCAAGUGUAAGGUACCUGAACUAAGUCACAGGAGCAAAACUUUUGAGUGGAUGAAGGUAAAGAGAAGUCAACCUCGGACGGCCAAGAUGCACAUGGCCUGUGGUUUGAGUAUAGUUGCACCGGGGGUCAGUAUGGACAGAGGAGGUGAAGGUAAACACAGCAUCCCCACCGAUGGGCACCAUCGUACUGCUAACCGGGUACCAAGGACCAACUUCACCACAAAACAGCUCACGGAGCUCGAGAAGGAUUUCCACUUCAACAAGUACUUGACGCGGGCCAGACGACUGGCGAUCUCGAACGCCCUGCAGCUGAGCGAGCCACAGGUGAAGAUUUGGUUCCAGAACCGGCGCAUGAAACAGAAGAAAUUAAUGCGCGAGGGCCUUCUUCUCCCCGUGGCCCCUCUGGCGUCCUCGAGAUGCUCAGAAAGCUCACGCUCCAACAGAUUGGACACCUGCCCCUCUGCUGGACCACCUGAACCGACCUCGUGCUCUCCCAAACAUCAACUAGCAGAGGACCUGUCUCAUGCGUUACAAAACAAGGUGUGCAGGCCUAAAAAUAGUGACAGUGUCACCAACCUGCAGCUGGUUUGAUUCUCCGUUUGGAUGCAUUUUAGUUAGCCUAAUUGGUUAAUCAGGAUCAUGUUGUUUUACACGAAAACCACGAAAACAGGGUAAGUUUUGUGAACUCAAGAAUGAGUAAUUGUAAAUGUUUGACUCAGUGAUUCCUAAUUUUAGAGGGCGCGCAUAUAAGCCUACCUGAGACUUUUAAUUGGAGUAGACUAUUCAAGAAUACAUUUGAAUUGUUAUCCGGUGUCAGCUGAAGUAAUAUAAUGAUUAAGGCACUUUAUGAGUUCAUACCAAAUAACAUAACUUUAAUCAGACAACCACUAUUAUUAUUAUUAUUAUUAUAUGUAUUAUAUGUAUUUCUUCAUUUAUUGAGUUGUUAUUUAUUAUCUAUUAGCCUACAUGUCAUUAAAGCAGCGUUACAAUAAUUUUGUGGCCAGCUCUUUCUUCGGAACAGCCUACAUGAAAUG